GUUUCAUUUGAUAUUGUGUACAACGAACAUGCAAUACCAACAAUUGUUAAUAAUAUUCGCAUUCAUCGGAAUAGAAACAGAAAAAAUCGUUGGCAUUGAUCUAAGUGCAGAGAGUAGUGAAAAAUUUGCAGAGACAAAAAUUAAUAACGAUGAUUUUAAAUUCAGUAACAGAUUUGAUGAAGAAGGUUUCAAUAAAGAACCUAAUGGUGUGUCUAUAAUUCUACAAAAUAGACAGACAAUCGAUACAAACGGCGGUGAUGAAGAUGGAAUUUGGUUAGAUGAAAAAACAUCUAUGGAUCAAGAGUUGUCAAAUGGUAAUUCUCUCCCAAAUAGUAACAGUCUUCAAUUUAUAGAAAAUCAUCUAAUAGAGACAGCCGCAGAUCUUAGUGAAACAUCCCCAUUGCAUAAUGAGGAGGAGUCCACUACGAAAUCACCACUACUAAAAGUGCCUUCCCCAAAGAAAACCAACAAAAAACGAAAAAAAAGGAAACAAAAGAAGAAAGGUCGCCAAAAAAGGCCCAACAAAAAAAGAAGGCCUAACAAGAAUAAACGACCCAAUAAAAGACCCAACAAAAGACCUUGUCGCCCUAACAAAAAAUUUCCCAACAGAUGUAAACCAUUUGAAAAUGGCAAAGAUAAAUUACCCAUAGAUCCAAAUAAGAAACCACAAUGUCCACAGUGUAUACAAGGAAAAUAAAUUGUAGAACCAAUAACGAAAA